GAACCCUACAGUAGAGGGCAACAGUCACGAUGCUUUCUCUCAGCACCAGGAAGAAGGAGAAGAAAGCUUCAUGUAAAGAAAGAAACAGUGCAUUGUUUAGUCAGUUUUGAAGCUGAAAGCACGGCUGAGGCAUGUCGUGGAGGUGUAGUGUCCGCGGCUGUGGGAAACGCAAUCAGGCCAAAGCGAAAGACGUUGUGAUUCACCGGUUCCCUGAAAAAGACCUGGAGCUUUGCAGUAAAUGGCUAACGGCUAUCGGCAGGGACGCGAGCAAAACUGAGAAGUACGCGUCUUUACGAGUGUGUAGUCAGCACUUCAAACCUGACGACUAUGAGAGGGAUUUGAAGGCGGAAUUGUUGGGAUAUCCACCUAAAAAGGUUUUAAAGAAAACCGCAGUUCCGUCCAUAUUCCAGACAAAACGAAAGGCAGGCAGUAGGCCCUCUCACUCUCGGACUCAAAAUAAACGUCAGCCUGAGGUGUCUUCUGAAAAAGAAAAUGCACUUACUCCACUCUCGACGUGUUCUGAGGUAGAAGAGAUGUCAUGGCUUAAAGCUAUUAAGAGCCUUCAGACUCCUCAAGGAUCGAACAUUUUUAAGAGUCGCGAGCUGAUGGUGAACACACAGUGUUUGCUGGAGCUCUUCCAGUUCUGCUGGCUUUGUCAGGAAGAGUGCUGUAUUACGAUUGAGGGCAGUGAGAAGCUGUUUACAGUCACACAGGACUGCCAGAGUUGUGGUUACCACAGAGACUGGAGGAGUCACCCUCCGUCAGCUGAACCGACACAGAGCUUUCAUAAUGAGGAUGUGGUUCAGACUGAGUGUUCAGGUAACAAAUACAGUGAGCAGAAACAUGAAGUGUUUACUGAAGAGGAUGGUUCAUAUUUAUCUAGUGGUGGUGAUGAAGCAAGUCUGCAUGAAGAGAAAGUUAAGACCAAAAAGAGAAACUCUAAGAGAAAGCCUGACAGUUCAGAUGAACAGGAACUACAUUCAGUUGAAGAGGCCACAGACUCUGAUGUGUCCAUGGAUGAAGACCUGUUCACAGCUUUAAAGGAGGAUGGUCAGGGUAAACUUGUGGUGUGGUGUACACAAUGUGGGACUGAGGCCUCGCUCUCGUGUUCUGUCCAUCGGCACAAAAAAGUGUUCUGCUGUUCUCAGUGCAGUACAGGUGAUGUUCAAACACAUAAUUUUGAAACACUACCUGUUCAUUUCAAUGACAUCACCAGUUUUCAGACACAUGCUGAACAGGAGCACGGAGCCAAACCAUUUUAUAUACUGUGUCAAGAUUGUGGAAAGUUCGUCGUAGCAAAAAAAGAGCAUAUAUGCGAACACAAAAUCAAAUUUAUCGUCUGUCCAGAGUGUGGGAAAAGGUUCUUCACCGAGGGUGGCCUCAAGACACACUACACUCAGCUCCAUUCGGAUUAUGAUCAUCCGUGUAAAUAUUGUCUGAAGGUCUUCAAAACCAGGUCAACAAAACUGGACCAUGAACAGACUCAUCCUAAAGAAAAUCAACCAUACAGCUGUCCAGAUUGUCCACAGAAGUUUGACAACAUUCACAAACGCAAUAAACAUUUCAAGUCCCACCGAGGUCCACAUAAGUAUGUGUGUGAUGUAUGUAAGAAAGGGUUUAGGGAUAUUAACAGGCUGAGGAGGCAUAAACUUAUCCACUCUGGAGAAAAGCCUUUCAAAUGCCAAGUGUGUGAGCGUUCCUUUAAUCGAAUGGAAAAUCUUGGUGCCCACAUGCGUGUCCACACUGGAGAAAAACCUUUCACGUGUGAGCAAUGCGGAGAGUCAUUCAGUCACAACGUUAGCCUGAAGAACCACAAGCAACGACACCAUGACUCGGGUUCAACUCAAGAGAAAGAAGUGCUAAAUGAUGUAGAGAAUAAGGUGAUGAAUACAGCAGUGGGGGUUAAAUAGUAAAGCUCUGAUUGCCUUAAUAUAGGUACGCACAUCGGAUCAGGUGGCAAUAAUGCAGUGUUCUUCAUUUAACUUUGAAAUUCUUUCAACAUCUCUCCAAGAAAAUCCCAAACACACUGAAGAGCAAUCUGACUUUUCCCCACUUGCAGACCAUAUGAUGCAUUUUGAAAUCAGCUCUGUUUGCUAUUCCUGUACUGACCUAAUGCUAUUCAUAGAACAUGGCCUGUGUACUGUGUAACAUGACAUGUUUAUCCAUAAAGACUACUGCAAUGUUUUUGUAAAACAUGUAAAUAAAUCAAACUGUAGGCACAGUUGCUUUACUUAUGCUAAUUCCGAUACUUUACUGACUAGUUGCAUGGUGAUGCUUAUGGUUUUGCACAGCGGUGUCUCCUGUUAACAAAUAUCAUUGUAGAUAUCAAUGUACAAAACUGACUUCAUGUUAAAACUGUUAAUGUUAUAGUCAUGUUGUCUGUUGUCGCCCAAAUGAGGAUGGGUUCCCUUUUGAGUCUGGUUCUUCUCGAGGUUUCUUCCUUGUGUUGUCUGAGGGAGUUUUUCCUUGCCACUGUCACCACAGGCUUGCUCAUUGGGGAUAGAUUAAGGAUAAGAUUAGCUCAUGUUUUAAGUCAUUCAAAUUCUAUAAAGCUGCUUUGCAACAA